ACUCAGUAUUCCAAAUUACAUCGUUAGUGUCAAUCAUUAAAAAAAAAAAAACCUGUUUCCAUCACAGGCAUACUCACUACUACUUACAUUCUGUGGUACUCACAAUAUUGCAAAGAAUUAACAAAGCAAAAGAGUUUACAAACUUUCUUGAAAAAAGUAAAAUAUUUACCACAGUAUAUUGUCAUCUUAUAAAUGAAUAAAGAAAUAAAUUUAAUAAUUAAUGUUUGAUUGUGCAAUUAAUAAUAUUAAUUUUAAUUAUGCCAGAUAUUUCAUAAUUUCAAAUAUUUGUGCAUAAGAAUAACUCCAACAGUACACACAGAGUGUAGCAAAUCAAUAUCCAUUUUAGCCUGAUAUAUAAUAUAUUAUAUACGAAAUCAAACAAAAUUGUUUCAGUGAAACAGCCAAGAUAACGUACACCUGUACGAGAUUUGAGAUUAAUCCUGGUAUUGGCUACUUCUAUAGAAAAAAGGUUAUGUAAGAAAAGUGUGUCCCAUUAUAGGCUGUGUUGAAGAAUGUCACUCAAGGAUGAGACGUACCCCACCUUGAUAACAUAUAACCCAUACCCCUCCAGAUAAACCCCAGCCCGCCCUUCCUCACGAGCCCUACGACUUCACCGUGCACUGCGGGGUCUCACACUCAGUCGUCUCGAGGAAGGAAGUGAAUCUCAUCAACAGCCAUCCUGUGUUCACCCCCACAGACUGGGGUCAUGUCGUUGCAGUCUCAGCUGCGGAAAGAGUAAGAUAGAAGAGUAAGAUAGAAGAUAGCCCAGCAGUUGCCUCCAGUGCUGGCAAAUCCAGUUCCCAAAGGUCUGGACAAGAUCAAGUCACGCCUCUUGCUGGAUCUCCAGCAUCUGCAGUUUCUCCAUCUACCAGGGUUCCCACCACAAGGAACAUCAGGCCAUUCCACAUCGAGAUUAAGGAUGUCACAGUGUCCUGCAGGAGAGCUUCUGUAAAGUUUGGAAGGUAGGAGGCGAGGUACUGGUGGAAUUAAAGCUGUGAGGACGGGGCGUGAGUCGUGCCUGGGUAGCUCAGUUGGUAGAGCACUUGCCCGCGCAAGGCAAAGGUCCCGAAUUCGAGCCUCGGCCCGGCACACAGUUUUAUUCUGCCAGGAAGUUUCACAUUCGAAGCGUAUGUUCGUCAUCGCCAUACAGGCAUAUCACCCAGGGUGAUGGUAUGGGGUGUCAUUGGUUACACAUCUCGGUCACCUCUUGUUCGCAUUGACGGCACUUUGAACAGUGGACGUUACAUUUCAGGCGUGUUACUGCCUGUGGUUCUACCCUUCAUUCAAUCCCUGUGAAACCCUACAUUUCAGCAGGAUAAUGCAUGACCGCAUGUUGCAGGUCCUGUACGGGCCUUUCAGGAUAUAGAAAAUAUUUGAGAGGUGCCCUGGCCUCUCCAGAUCUCUCACCAAUUGAAAACGUCUAGUCAAUGGUGGCCAAGCAACUGGCUCGUCACAAUACAUCAGUCACUACUCUCGAUGAACCAUGGUAUCGUGUAAAGCUGCAUGGGCAGCUGUACCUGUACACGCCAUCCAAGCUCUGUUUGACUCAAUGGCCAGGCAGAGCAAGGGCGUUAUUACGGCCAGACGUGGUUGUUCUGGGUACUGAUUUCUCAGGAUCUAUACACCCAAAUUGCAUGAAAAUGUAAUCACAUGUCAGUUCUAGUAUAAUAUAUUUGACCAAUGAAUACACGUUUAUCAUCUGCAUUUCUUCUCGGGUGUAGCAAUUUUAGUGGCCAGUAGUGUAUUAAUUUUGUGUCAUGUGCGUUAGCCUUGUUCCAUUUCUUGUAGAUUACUGGUGGCAACUUACGAGAGACAUUCAGUAAGUAAUGCUACAUAUUUUUCUUCUUGGCCAAUUUUGGUUGAAAAAAAAAAAAAUUGCAGACUUUGUUUUGAGAUGAUGUGGAAUAUACCUGCUUCAGCCCCUACUGUUCCAGGAAGUUUUGAUACGUAGCAGACUACACAUAGACUUCAAAUAGGUAUCUGUAAUGGAGGUCCAUUCCCAAGCAGAGAGCCGUCAUUGAGUUUCUUUUGGUGGUAAACCAGAACAUUGCACAUAUUCAUAGGUACUUGCAGAGUGUCUAUGGAGACCUGGCAGUGAACAAAACCAUGAGUGUCACCUUCUGACAUGCUUCUGUUUGGUCCAAUGAUGGGUGCUAACUGUGGGAAGCAAUACAUGGAUGAGGGGGGAGAAGGGGGGGGGGGGUGUUACUGAUGCAGCAAGACUUUGGCUCUGUCAACCAGCAAAGUAGUGCCACACGAGAAUACAGACCCUCACGCCUCACAGUAAGAUGGUGUACAGCUGUUGCAUUGAAUGGAGAUUAUGUUGGAAAAUAGGGUUUUUUAGCCAAAAGAAUUGGGAAUGAUCUGGUGUAUUUGAAUUCUGAAACAAAGUUGUGUUCAGAAAAAAAAAAAAUGCUGCAUUACUUAUUAAAUGCCCCUUGUAGUUCAGUCAGUCAGUCAUGUUUACAGUGUGUGUUCUAUGUAAAUAAUUCAUCCACAUUUCAAGCUUUGACAUUAUGAUGAGGCAGAGGUAACUGAUAUGCACUGCAGAACAAGUGUCCCUUGAAAGUAGUUCUGUGCAACUAUAAAGCAGAUAAACAACUUCAAGUUUAAAUUCUUGAAGUAAACAGUUGUAGGUAAACACACAAUGCUCUAUGAAAAUACAGAGUAACUGGCAUGAAGAAAAGGUGUUACUCAGCUGUAAAAUUCAAUGACAGCAAAGCAACCAAUGAAAACAGUUUUAUAAACCACAACAAGAGUAAUAACUUAUGACACUAGAUGGCAUUUCACCAUCAGAGAUUUAACAACUGUAUACAUUUCAAAGAUGUUUAUUUUCACAGUUUCAGUUGUGCGACAUAAAUGACUAAUGAUUAGUUUCAAUCAUAUGUAAUGAUCAUCUUCAGGGCUGAGAGCUCACCACUGCUAAGCAGCCAAUAUCCUUUGAUAAACACAAUCAGCGUUGAGUUAAUUGUGUAACUUCAGGAAAAUUACUUUUACCAAAAGAUUUUGACUGAUCACCAAUGGUAAACAAUCAGAUCUGAAGAUGAUUACAUAUGAUCCCGACUAGCCAUCAGCCAUUUAUGUCGUGCAACUCAAGAAUGAAAAAAAAAAGUCAUUAAAAACAAACUAACUGCCAGUCCCAAGCCCGAGGCCUCAUCUCGCAGGCAAUGAGGAAGGAGGAGUAACACCUCGUAAAAAAAUCCUGGGUCCAUUUGGCUCUGGAUGGUAGCACCCUGUGAGGGCCCCUGCCUAGGGUUACAGGUGAAGCCCAGUCAACAGUCUCAAAGGCAUAAGAGGAAUCCUAACUCCCAACAGCAGAGAGAGCAGAAGAACCUAAUGGUGAAAACCAUGAAAAAUAAUCAUUUUGGACUAACAAUCCGAUGUUACCCUGGAAUUCAUUUCCUACCAUGUACAAUUUCAAUUGCAGAAUGGAAAAUCUGCUAGCAGAAAGCACUACCCCAGGUGGUAACUUGAAAGAGGAAGCCACCAUUGCUUUAUGCAAUGCAUUGGGACCUAGGGUUCUGAAGAGUCCCAACAUCUGCAUUAAGGAUGAGUCAGAGCAUCCUUGGUAUCCUUCCAUACUCAAUUUGAAAAGGAAAUUAUUUGCAGGCACCUUGAACGUAAACUCAUUACUAAAAAUUGGUAAACGAGAAGAACUUGAAAUUCUCUUAGAUAAGCACGAAAUACAAAUUUUAGCAGUUCAAGAAACUAGAUUUUUGAAUGAAAAUGUUACAGAAACCAAAAACCAUAGAAUUUUUAAGGGUAAACCAGCAAUAAAAAUAAUGAAAGGCAUGACAAUACUUGGCUCCGCUUUCUAUGUUCACAAAAAUUUAGUAGAUAACAUUACAGAAUUCAAAUCCAGUUCGGAAAGACUAUCUCUUCUCACUGUUAAAUGCAAAAAUAAACAGUAUACCUUUGUCAUGCUCCAACAAUGAUGACAAUAAGAAAAAUCCAAGUAAAGUAGAAGCAUUCUGGGAAUUUGUAGAAUAAGAAAUAUCAAAAAUUCCAAAACCAAACGUUUUUACACUAAUGGGGGAUUUUAAUGCACAAAUAGGGAGGGAAAAAUUAUUCCGAAAAAAUAAUAGGAUAUUAUCCAGCUCGUAAAAGAACAAACAAAAAUGGCACAAGACUAAUCAGUUUUUGUAGAACAUUUCAGUUCAAGGUAAUGUCAACCUUCUUCAAAAAAUUACCAAAAAAGGAAAAAAAAACAUGGAUCUCUCUGAAUCCAGUGCUAGGGGAGUUCCAGUUAGAUCACGUGGCUAUUUCUAAAUGCAAUUUUAAAUAAAUCAUGAAUGUAAAAGUAGCAAAAAUCAGGGAAUUUGAUUCUGAUCAUUACCCAGGAAAAUUAAACUGAAAUUUCUCCCUAAUAAAAACCAAAAGAGACAGCAAAAAAUAAUUAAAUAUAAAAGACAGACAUACUCAACAUCACCAAAGAGGCAAUAAAAAAUUUUCAGGAAGAAAUUGUAGGCACUAAAUAAGGGAAAUGGGAAGAAAUAUCAAAAGAAAUUAACAGGGCAGCAAAAAAUGUAUUUGGAACAACAAAAAUGAAGAAGAAAGCCUGGUGGAAAGAAAUCUGUGAAGCAGCAGUUACAGAAAGAACAAAACAGGGGAAGAAAUGGAAAUGUUCUGGGAAGCCUGAAUACCUUGACACAUUUACAAUGCAAAGGAAAGAAACAGCAAGAACAGUAAAGUGCACUAAAAGAUCUUUUGAGAAACCACAACUUCUUGACAUACAAAACUAUUUUGUAAAAAAUAACUCCAGAAUUUCUAUCAGAUGUUUAAAAGUCGUCUAAAGGGCUACAAAGCUCCAAAUAUUUGCUACACAGACGAAAAUGGUAAAGUAGGCCUAAGCAACAGCCAGAAUUGUGAAAUACUUAGAAAGUACUUUGAAAGAUUAUUGAACUGUGAAGAACCAAACUGUAAGCUAGAAUUUCCAGAUCUCCGUGAAAAUACAGAAGCAGAUCCGCCACCUACAGCUGAAGAAAUUAAAAAAAGCAAUAAUUACCAUGAAAAACAACAAAGCCAGUGGAGAAGACUCAAUUACAGCUGAACUUAUUAAAUGGUCUCAACCAAAAAUAAUAAAUAAUCUUCAGCUCAUGUUUGAAGAAAUAUGGGAAACUGAAUAGAUACCAGCAGACUGGAAAGUGGCUCUUAUCCAUCCCUUACACAAGAAAGGCGAUAAGCAAAGUGUAAAUAACUACAGAGGUAUAUCUUCGUUGCCAGUGGGUUAUAAAAUACAACACUACUAAACAAGGUAGAAGCAACACUUGAUAGCCACUUGAUAGCCAAUUGGGAGAGUAUCAGAGCGGAUUUAGAAAGGGCAGAUCUUGCUCAGAACAGAUUUUCAACCUAAAAUCCAUAAUUCGUCACAGACUUACAAACUCCAAAGAUAUAGUUGUAACAUUAACAGAUUUUGAAAAGGCAUUUGACGCAGUUGAUGGGGAAACAUUAGAUAAAUUAGCAAACCUUAUUCGUGAAACGAUCACAGACACCAAAUCAAAAGUAAAGAUUCAGGGUGAAAUAUCGAAGGCAUUCAACAUAACAACAGGUGUCAGGCAAGGUGAUGGCCUUUCUCCACUCGUCUCUAACAGCGUACUAGAGAAAAUAGUAAGAAAAUUGAAACGAAAAGAAGCUAUCACCAAUCAAGCUGGGAACUAAAAACAAAUGUAUUGAAAUUCACUGUUUAACAUUUGCGGACUACUUUUCCAUUCUUUCUGAAGACCUAAGAAAUGCAGGAAUACAAACCAGUCUCUUAGAAGAAAUAGCCAACAAAGCAGAUUUCAGAAUAUCUGCAUAAAAAAACAAAAUUUAUGACAAAUAUAGAAAAAUGCUCCAAAAUCCCUAGCGACAGAUAUUGGCCAGAUAAAAACGGUAAACAAAUUUAAAUAUCUGGGAGAAAUUAUUCAAGAAAAUGGCUUAGAAAAAUUCGCUAUGGAAGAAAUAGUACAUAGAAUGGAGAGAGCUUAUGGAAUAACUAGGAAUGUCUACAACAAAAGGUGUCUGUCUAAAAAUUUGAAGAUACAGCACUACAAAACAGUAGUAAAACCAGAAUGUCUUUAUGCAAGUGAAUGUUAAGUACUACAGAUUACACACACUUGAAGCCCUAGAAAGAAAAAUCAUUCAAAAAACACUUGGACCACCAAAAAAUACAGAGGUAUGGAAAUUAAGAAGCAAUGAAGAUGUUAAUCGCAACAUAGAAAACAUACGUGAAACACUACGAAAGAGGUGACUGGUAUUUUUUGGACAUUUAUUACAGAAUGAACAACAACAGGUAACCAAACACACUUUUUAAUAUCUUUGGGACAAGAAGUCAACAAUAGGCUGGAUUCAAGAAGUUAGGAAGAUUUGGUAAGAAACAACGUAAGUGAAAAAGAUGCAACAGAGAGAGAGAUUUUGAAGAGGAAAGUGUUAAAAAUGGAAGGAUUCCAAGGCAAGAGGGAGAAUAAGACAGGGUCAAAAUGGUUGGAAAAGAAAAAAAGGAUACAUAGCGAAAAGAUGAAAGAAUACUGGAAGAAAAAGAAAGAACAAAAAAAAAAAGCAGCAUUGAAAUUGGUGUGUGGGCCUUAGGUGACCCAAACAAAGAAAGAAGAAGCUAACUGCAAACAGAAAAUAUAAUGAGGCAAGGUAAUUCCAUGGCUAGUAAAGGAAACAAUAGAUAUAUAAAACUUCAUCCCCUGUAGCAACAAAUACGUAUCAUUAGUAUAGAUUAAAUAUCAACACAUGCUCUCAAAAUAUACAAACACAAAUAAAAUUGAACUAAUUUAAAAGACAUACUGCUCUUAAAAUAAUUAAAAUCGUUUCCUCAUGCAAAAGAUUUAUCACAUAACAAAGCGUAAUGCAUCUAUUUUAACUUCUCUCCUUUGUCUUACCCCUGCACAAAAGUUUCAUGUAACCUUUGUUAAGGAGAACAGGAUGUUGGUGUUUUCUUCAACUUUGUAGUUACUAAGUUAGCCAACUGAGUGCAUAAAUAAUAAAUAAGCCAUUCCAAAACAAAGCACAAAAAUUUGUAGCGCUCUUUGUGGACAUUACUGAUGUAAGAACACAGUUUCAUGUAGGGUCAAAACCACUGCACAGCAUUCUCACACUUGGGGGAGACAGGAAGUUUAGUGUGUUACUCUGUUGCCAUCUGAAUCAUUAGAGACUGAGCUCCACCUCUGCUGGACAAGAACUGCAAAAGACAUCAGGCACAGCCUACUGCAAGGUUCAUUCCAGAAAAAUUUAUCUACAGUUAAUUAAGGCAACUAUGGCAUUCCCAGACCUAGAUGGCCAAUCAUGUAUUUCAAAAAACUACCAUUCAAUGCAUAUACGGUGUAUUAAUUGCUGUGCCACCUUGCUCUAUAGAUAAAUAAAUAAAGGUUCUCUCGAUGACUCAUUUUGUAAUAAUUUUACCAAAGCAUUUCAGUCAUUACAUAAAGCAAAUUAAUGAAACAACUAUUAAUUAUCCCUGCUGAAAAUGCACAACUAAUUAUUUCACCUCAUUUAUAAAUAUGGUUUAAUGAAACAGAGGUACUAACUUCUCAUGGCUUGAACACCAGUUUACAUUGUAUCUAUAAGGGUAAAUAUUCUGUAUACAUGUAAGAUUAUUUAAUUUCACUCAAAUUUAUUGCGUUAUAAUCGGAAGCUACACUUUAUCUAUUAGAGGCAACAUCGAAGUUAAGAAAUAUCGUUUUGGUAACUUUGCUCGUGCAACAAACGGCAUGCAAGACAGAACAACUAAUCCUCUCUCUAAAUUCUCAUAGCCCUCAGCCCACGUAGUUUAUGUUUCUACGGCCACGAAAACAUCUUUGGAUACACACGCCAAACAUCUUUGAGAAUCUUUAGAAUUGCAUUGGUUUCAAAUGACAAGUCGAUUGUUGUUAUAUUUAGAAUAUUAGCAAGUUUGGUGCUAAUAAGACCGUUGUUCACGUGACCUUUUGUUGCUCAUGCGCUGAAUUUUCUGCGUCGGCCAUAUUGCUGUGCUGCUUCUACAGAUAGUCACGGCGAGAUACAUAGGUAUUUAAUUUUAUACAUACUGAAUCGAAGCAGUUGCCUUAAUACGGAAAGACGUUUGUCGAAAAAGAUAAUUUGUGUUAUUAGAGUUACUGUCAUGCGCUCAUUCGGGACUGUUUAUAAAGAAAUACACACAUAAAUACAACCAGAUUGAAGAAGUCUAUGUGGCUGUGUGCUGACACUCACUAAUUUUUCUUCAGUAGUUCAACGGAGUAUUUUUUGAAGUGAGCGGCGUAUUUCUUUCAUUAGUAUCCAUUUGGUACUAUCUGUUAGGAAACCCGAAUUUCCAGUUGAAUUUUUGUGGUUUGCAACCUCGACGUCCUUCUGUUCGUAUACUUUUAAGGCGUGUGUUAUUUUUGUUGUAUUAAGGGCAUUCAGCUGUUUUGAGUUAAAGAGAACUUGAGUUUUGACCUUGUGACAUAUCUCCGAAAGUGAAUAGUUCCAGUUGAUCGUCAGGAGACUUGUUAAUUCAAAUAUAGUUGCAAGUAGCCUUAAGAAGAUAUCUUUUCCUGUUGCAGUCCUCUGCGAUGGCUGAUUCUCUGAAGUUUGGACCUGAAUGGCUGCGCACGCUGAACCAGUCACUGGCUGCGUCAGCUGCUGCGAACAAUGCCUGCACGCCGCCUUCCAGCGAGGGCAGUAGUAGGGGUGGGGGCGGGCAUGGGCCCUCGACGACGACUGCGGGGGUGGGGGCGGGGCCGACGGUGCCGCGGCCUGCGCUUACCCUCGCUCGGCACCGGUACGGCCGUGAGGAGAUGUUGGCCCUGUUCGACCCGGGCCUUCCGCCCCCGCCUCCAUCGCCCGCUGCCCUUGCCGUGCUCUUCGUGGAGCGCGCUCAGCCACCUCUUGCUUUGGUGCAGAUGUCGGAUGAUGAAACACGGGUGUGGAACCGAGGCGUGAAUAGCGACGCAGUCCUGAGGAUGUCGAAGAGCACGGGUGCCGGCGGCCCCUCGGGUCAGCCGACUUCGGGGCCGGGCGGAGUGGGCGGGAGGGGAGGCGGCCUCGGGGUGACGGGCGGGCCCGGCGGCCUCCGGGGACAGUCGCGCAGCCUCGGCAUCCCGGGCAGAGGUGCUGGCAGUGGGCCCGGCCCCGGCGUGCUGUCCGGCUCCGCCCCCUUCUACCGCUACGACGACUCGAGUGCUGCCGGCGGUGACAGUGGUGGGGACGGCAUCCGCGGUGGCAGCAUCGGCUCCCUCAGGCCCGGCCGACCGUUCGUCAGGAUGCAGAGUUCAGAGCGCAACUGGUCGGAUCGUAAUGGCACGGACCACGAGUGGGGCGGGGGUUCCGGACCGGGCAGCUCCGCCCUCGGCACCAGCCCCCGCAAGGACUUCGGGCGCGGCUUCGACAGCUGGCGGAGGCAGGGGCGCAACACGGUCAACUCCGAGCAGGACGACGACCCACCGGCUCCUGGAGGUUGGAGGAGCUCUACCACCAAGUGGAGUGGUCGCACCGGUGGCAGUAGUUGGCGCUCGGACUCUGAACCUAACAAGGACGCGGGCGGCUGGUCGGUCCCACGCAGUAACAGCAACUCGUGGGGCGACGACCACAUAUCAUCCCGCGGUCCCCACCCGCACGUGCACAGGCCUUGGGAUCCACAGCCGCACGCCCACACUCACCCUGCGGCGCACGGGACGGACAGCGACUCUGUGUCUGGGCCACUGCCCGAAUGGGCGACAGAGACGCCAACCGAGUCGAGGGGUAGCUUUGACGCUUCGGGGGCAUUCCACGGAGGAACUCCCCUGUCUGAUGACGAGGAUGGUAGUGGAGGUCACAGUACUGCUCGUGGACAACGCCAUUCUGCUCUGUCGGGAGAUCCCGGCAAGAGGGCCGGGUCACCGCUCACGCAGCGUGACACUGUCCCACCGGGAGUGUCGCGGUCGGCAUCACAGAACGGUAUUGGAGACCCGGCAGAACGGCACAUUCGACCAAUGCAGGAGGUGACCAAGAGUGCUUCUACUGGCAGCGAUUCGCCUAGGAGUGUAACAUCGAGGAGCAAAGAUCGAUCUGGUGGCACCGAAGAUGUCGAGUCGCGUCGUACUGCCACGGAAAAGCAGACACCACCACCACCACCGGCACCUUCGAUCGCCCCGUCUGACAGGGGCAGAGAGAGGGAGAGGACCUCGAGCAGGCCCGACGAGGAGAUGGAGCGAAUGCGCGAGGUGGCGGACGACCUGGUGGCGAAGCUCAUGGAGGACGAGGACCACCGUACGGGUGUGCCCCCACCCACGUCCGUCCCGCCCGGCAGUGACAAGUGGUACUACCGUGACCCGCAGGGGGAUGUCCAGGGACCAUUCUCAUCGAGUGAGAUGCUGGACUGGUUCCGUUCGGGAUACUUCAACCUGACGCUGUUGGUGCGGCGAGCGUGUGACGAGCGCUACUCGUCUCUAGGUGACAUCAUUAAGCUGUGGGGGAGGCUGCCUUUCACGCCUGGUGGACCACCUGUGCCUCCUAUUAAGGCAGACGCAAUCCCCCCCGUCUCUUCCGUUUCUGUGCCACCGCUGGUGCCUGCGGCGCCACCGCCCACAUCCGACAUCCUUUCGGAUAGCCACGGCCAUAAUCUGCUGAUGCAACAGUAUCAGUACCAGUACACCAUGCUGCAGAGACAACUGCUUCUGGGGCAGCAGGCGGCGGUGCACGCGGCAGCCCAGGCGGCUAUCGGCGAGCUGUCCCAGUCGGACCGCUGGGCCACACUCUCCCCCAUCGAGCAGAGGCGGCUGGUGACAGAGCGGCUGGCACUGCACCAGAUGCUGGGUGUGCCGCCGUUGGUGCCCCCCGUGUCGGUGCCUCCGCCGUCCAUUGUGGACCUCUUCUCGGUGGCCGCGGCGCAACAGCAGCCGGGACCGCAGCCCGCACAGCAGCCGCCGCCCCCACCCCCGUCCGCGCAACCCCAGCCCGUGUCCGCGACCAACCCCGUUGCCCAGCUCAUCUCCCAGAUGCAGAUGGGAGCAGUAGCUGCCGCCGUUGCCCCGAAAGAACACCAACCGCCGCCACCGCACGCCCUGGUGGAUCCGCUGCAGCAGCUGAUCCAGCAGAUGAGCGGCGGCCUGCCGUCGGUGUCAUCGGCCCCCAGUGUCCCACCUCCCGGCGGCCAACCGCUCGGAGGUGGCAUAGGACUCGAUUCGGACGGUCCCGGCAGGACUUUGCUGCAGACAUUGAAUGCGGGGAAGCCUCCCGCUAUGCCUCCGCCGCGGCUUCCACCUGUGCAGGUAGACUCCGUGUGGGGUGGCAGCGUGCCUGCCGGCUACAGCUUGGGAGUGGGAACUGCUGCACCCUGGAUGAAUGCAGCAGUGACGACGCCCACGCCACCUGUCUCGUCGACAUCGUCCGUGCCUCCCGGGCAGCUUCCUUCGUUGCCUAUGUCGCUGUGGGAUUUGGCUCAGCAGCAGGGAAAAGACAUAAAGACAGAGCACCAGGUGCUUGAAGAACAACUCAGGGCUGAAGAAGAAAGGAGACUGGAGGAACAAAGAAAACGCGAGGAGAAUGAAGAAGCUAUGCGGAAGCAAAAGGAGCUGUUGGAAAAGGAGGAGGAAGAGAAGAGAAAACUAAAAGAGAAAGAAGAUGAGGAAAAGAAGAAGAAAAAGCGACAAGAAGAGGAGGAAGAGAAGAAGAAGCGAAAGCAACUGGAGGAGGAAGAUAAGAAGAAGAAGAAACAGCAGGAGGAGGAAGAAAGGAGACGGAAGAAGCAACAGGAAGAGGAGGAGAAGAAGAGAAAGAAACAGCAAGAGGAGGAGGAGAGGCGCAAGAAGAAAGAGGAGGAGCGGAGAUUGCGCGAGCAGGAGGAGGAAGAGAAGCGGCGGAAGAAGGAGCAGGAGGAGGCAGAGCGUCAGCUGAAGGAGGAGGAAGAGAGGGAGAAGAAGAAGAGACAGCAGGAGGCGAAGAAGAUUGAAGAAGCAAUGAAAAAGGAAAAAGAGAAGGCAGCACAAAAACGGGAAGAAGAAAAGAAGCGUAAAGAAGCUGAGAAGGAAAAGAAGAAAAAAGCAGAAGAAGCAAAGAAGAAAGAAGAAGAAGAGAAAAAGAAGCAGGAGGAGGAGGAGAGAACGAGGCAGCGGCGGCAAGAACAACAGGAAAAAGCACUGCGCAAGCUACAGGAACAGCAGGAGAAGGCGCGCCAGGCGGCAGCACUGCGGCCCGCACCCUGGACUGCUGCACCUGCGCCGCCCGCCGCCACCGUGCAGCAGCCGCUCACCGAGAUCCAGCGCCAGGAGCGGGAGCGCGAGAGGCAGCUGCAGCUACAGCAGCAGCAGUUGCAACAGCAGCAGCAACAGCAGCAGCUGCUGCAACAGCAACAGCAGAAUGCGAAUGCAGCGGCACAGAACUCCGCAGGUGCGCAGACUGGCAACGGCAGCAGCGUGUUGGGAGGCCUACAGCUGCGGUGGGCGGAAGUGAAACCGCCGGUGCCCGCCGCAAAGUCGCUGACGGAAAUUCAGCAGGAGGAGCAGGAGAACCUUGCCAAGCAGCAGCUGGAGCGCGAACGGCUGCAGCAGCAGCAACAGCAGCAGCAGGCGGCAGCGGCACCCACCGUUGCCACGGCCAGCAUCUGGGGGUCGGCUUCCCAGUCACUGUCGUGGGCUGCUUCUGUCAGUGCCGCCUCGCCCUGGGGAAACACCGGUGUCAAUUCCAACUCCACUGGUUCAGGCUUCUGGGAGGACGCGGCCAAAACCUCUGCAGCUGUGCCUAUUUCAAAGAGCCGAUCUGCCACAAACCACAACAACAACAUUAUCAACAAUAACUCAUCGGGCAACAACAAGAACAGUGGUGGCAAUGCCAACACCACACAGCCAUGGAAAAACAUGCCAGCGAAUACGAAAACGCGCAGCAAGAAAGAGGAGGCCGUGGUCAUGAAGCUGUUCGAGCCUCGCCCUGACGAGUUCACACAGUGGUGUACGGAUGCGCUCGGAUCUCUGAAACACUCCAUAGAUGUGCCGACAUUUGUGGCAUUCCUGCGAGACAUCGAGUCGGCGUACGAAGUGAAGGAUUACGUGAGGGUGUACCUGGGCGAGGGUCGUGAUGCACAGGAGUUCAGCAGGCAAUUCCUCGAGCGUCGCAGCAAGCUGCAGCAGCAGAAGGCCGCGCGGGAUCGCACGCCCGAGGAUGACCUCAGCACUCCUGCGCCGGCAAUUACGCCCUCGCAAGAUUUCCACGAGGUUAAGGGAAAAGGGAAGAAAGCGAAGAAGAGUCGAAUGUACAAAGUGGACAGCCGCAUCCUGGGUUUCAGCGUAACUGCCGCUCAAGACAGGCUCAACGUCGGGGAACGGGAUUUUGGAGAUGGCAUGUGAGGGUGCAGGGAGAAAGGAACAAUGUGAAUUACAAUCCUGGUGCCGCAGCUGUGUAACAGGUUGUGCGCUGGCGCGGCUUUCUGCCUACCGCCUACGCGUACAGUGUCACUCUGUUCACCGAGCUCCGACUGCAGAACUUGCAUCACCUCGACGAGUGUGCUUUAGUGACCCGGUCUCCUGUUUUUGAGUCUCAGCUUUGUCUGUUGCCGGUGCUUUGCACCCGAAAUGCGAGUGGACUGUCGGCGGGAAUGUGUGGAAUGUGUCGCUGAUGCCGCUUAUCGUUUUCGGGUACGGGAGAACGAGUACCGCUAUUUGCCGGAAGUCGGAGCUCUGGCGGCAGCUCACCUCCUUCGAAAGGUGCAGAUGUGCUGGAGUGUCGGUCUUUAAUUUAUUAAAUCCUGUCACGACUGACUGAAACAAAAUAGAGUCACUGUUGUUAUUUUUGUUUCUUCCUCCUUCUUUCUUCUUCUCAUUUUUAUUAGACCUUGCUACUUUUCGAUAAUUUUAUUUUUGAAAAAUUUAAAAAGAAAUGCUUGUCAUUUCUCAGGCACUACUGGUGGUGUUACUCAGUUACAAAAUUUGGACUGGCAACAGAACUUCAUUUACCUUGGCAUAUUUCAGAGUGAAAACCCAUAGUAUUUCCCUGAGUGUUUCUUUAAAAAAUAAUUGUUGAAUCCCUACUUUCCAAUGAGUCUCCCAAAUGAAUAAAAUUUUUUGAAGCAAAUGUUUUACGUGCACAACAGUAUUAUUUGUGUUUUGAAAAUGUUUUUGAGAUUCAUGAAAUGAUAUUUGAAUAUUUUCCAAAAGAUUGUCAAAAGAGAGUAGGUUGCAUUCGAUAGUCUGUAAUUCAUUUUUCUUGGGCAGGUGUUGAAAUGCAGUUUUGUGCCUUUUAAGUGUGUGAUGGUUGAGAGAUUUCCUGUUGAAGAGUGAUUAUGACUGUGUAUAAAAUUUGACACUUAAGUUGGUUUUGUUAUCAGCCAUUUUAUCAGAGCAGACAAAUAUUAGGAAGAAAAAAAGAGAGAGAAAUAAAGAGUAAACGUAUUCUGAAUUUUUUUUCCUCUCAGGUAUAAAUGCUGCAAAUCUGUGGCACUGAUCCUGUAAUGUUACUCACUGCAAAAAAAAAAAAAAUUAAAAAAAAUCACAUGAUAUUGACUUAACUGCCUGUGAAUGUAUUCUUUGCCAACAUUAUUCUUACUAGGCAAAUAUUUAUAGAGAACAUGUUGUUAAUGCAAAUAAAUUGAUAUAAUCGUUAAUGAAAGAGA